UCUUCAUUCGUGUAAAAGUUGUACAGCUUUGUUGAUGUGUCUCGGCGACAAUUUUCCUUGAUCGCAGUUAAUUAAAUAUCUCAUUAAAAUAAUUGUUAAAACUGAUCAAAGCUAGAGUAUUUAUGCUACCGUUAAGACUUUUAUUCUAGUUGCAUUGCCGGUAGCCGCCGUAGAGAAUUAAAAGCCGAGCAAUUCCAUCCGCAACCAAAAUGUCCAAGAGAGCGGCUGAAGAUUCGGCCGGAAGUGGCGCGUCCGCUGGAAGUGGCGGAGCGCCACCUCCCAUCAAGAAGGUCCAUUUCGAGCCGCACCUGAUCGGGCCCAUCUCGACGCUGGAGGAGAUGGACAUCAAGGUGCUGCAGUUCCAGAACAAGAAGCUGGCCCAGCGCAUCGAGCAGCGGGUCCGCUGCGAAUCGGAACUCCGGCAGCGGAUCGAACAGCUCGAGAAGCGCCAAACUCAGGACGAUGCGGUACUGAAUGUGGUCAAUCGGUACUGGAACCAGCUGAACGAAGACAUCCGGGUGCUGUUGCAGCGCUUCGAUGCCGAAACGGCGGACGAGUCGGAGAACCGGAACGAAAACGAGGUAACAACAUCCUUCCUGAUGCAACUGUCCACCUGGGACAAGGAGGAACUGGACGACAAGCUGGCGAACCGGGUCCAGGUGUCGAAGCGUGCCGUCGCCAAAAUUGUCCAGGUUUUCGACCGGCUGAUGCAGCGUAACGAAAAGAUAACCCUGGCCAUGAAGGGAGCAUCGGACGAUCCGGAAUCCACCCUGCCGGAUAUCGACGAAACGCUGCGCCAAAGCUACACCGAAGUGAUGGCCGAGAAUCGCAACCUGCAAACGCAGAACACGCUGUUGCACGAAAAGUUUCACACCAUUUCCCUGAAGAUGAGCGAAACGCAGGACAUGUUGAACGGCAAGGAUACGGAAUCGGCCGAGUUGAAAAACCAAAUAGACGACUUGCAGUACGAGCUGGAGAAGGUUCGCUGCCGGAACGACAAGCUGGAGAAUCAUCUAGCCGAAGCGAUCGAAAAGUUGAAGGCGUAUCAUCAGAUGCACGGAGACAUUUCCAACUCGGACAAGGACAAACAUUCGACUUCGACGGCAAGCACUGCCAAGGCUGGAUCAAUGACAAGUGUUGCGGCACAGCAUUUGGAGGAUCUUCAAAAGGAGCUGGAAGAGUACAAAGAACUGGCAAACAACAGGCUACAGGAGCUGGACAAGCUGCACGUACAACAUCGGGAAGCGUUGAAGGAUGUGGAAAAACUCAAGAUGGAUAUCCGCCAGCUGCCGGAAUCGGUUAUCGUCGAGACGACCGAGUACAAAUGUCUGCAGUCGCAGUUUUCCGUUCUCUACAAUGAGUCGAUGCAGAUCAAAACGCUCUUGGACGAAAGCCGAAAUCAGUUGCAAACCAGUAAAAAUCAGCAUCUGCGGCAGAUUGAGAUGAUGGAAAGUGAGGAACUAAUCGCACAGAAACGUGUACGCAGCGAUAUGAUUCAAAUGGAGGAUGUGCUGUCACAGAUUCGUAAAGAGUACGAGAUGCUUCGUAUCGAGUUCGAGCAGAACAUGGCAGCCAACGAACAAACGGCUCCGAUAAAUCGGGAAAUGCGGCAUCUCAUAUCUUCGUUGCAAAACCACAACGGUCAACUGAAGGGCGAAGUGCAGAGGUACAAGAAAAAGUAUAAGGAAGUAUCGGGUGACAAUGUUAAGCUAAGGAAAGACUUGGAAGAUACUACCGCCAAGCUGACAACGUUACAGGAACAACAGCAAGCAGAAAUUAAAAAAGAAAGCGAAGCGGCAGCCGCUGCAGCAAUCAAAGAGGAAGCUGGUUCUUGUGACGGUCUCGGAUCCGUGAAGGAAGAAGAUCAGAACGACUCCGCAUCGGGUGCCGUCAAGUCUGAAUCGGGCGAAGAAGGCGAAGGAGAUCCCAACGGAGUUAAAAAGGAAGAAAUAGGUCCUGAUGGCAAACCCAUUAAGGUAGAAACUCCAGGCACCCCCAAAGGUGACAAAGAUCAAAGAGCCAAGAGUGCAGAGUCCGAUCUGGUGCGGGAUCUGCGGAACCAGAUUAAAAAGGCACUCAAUGAGCAAAAAGAAAUGAAAUUACUUUUAGAUAUGUACAAAGGCGUUUCGAAGGAACAGCGAGACAAAGUCCAACUUAUGGCCUCCGAGAAGAAGAAGUGUGCCGAGAUCGAUGAUUUGAAAAAUCAGAUGAAGAAAAUGCAGGAAAACAAACGUGAAGAUCGUAAAAAGUUGGCCGAUGAGGAAGCCCUCAGAAAAAUCAAGCAACUGGAAGAGCAAAAAUACGAAUUACAAAAACAGGUCCAGAACCAAAAACAAUCCGAUGCCGGUUGGAGUGGCGGCGGCUACCGACCUUUCGUGGGAUCCCAUGUAGAAGAGGAAGCAUUGCUCAACGAGAUGGAGGUUACAGGCCAGGCGUUCGAGGACAUGCAGGAACAAAACUCCCGGCUUAUCCAACAACUUCGCGAGAAAGACGACGCCAACUUCAAGCUGAUGUCGGAUCGGAUCAAGGCAAACCAGAUGCACAAACUGCUACAGGAGGAGAAACAGGUGCUAGAAGAUCAGGCCACCACUCGGGACAGCCAGAUUGAGGCGAUGCACGUUGUGCUCCGAAAACUGGAGGAAAAGGAACGCAUCCUGCAGAAUACGGUAACCACGAUUGAAAAGGAACUGAUCGCCCGGCAACAGGCAAUGGAAAUGCACAAACGUAAAGCAAUCGAGUCGGCCCAGUCGGCAGCCGAUCUAAAGCUGCAUCUGGAAAAAUACCAUGCCCAAAUGAAGGAAGCCCAGCAGGUGGUGGCCGAGAAGACCAGUUCCCUCGAAGCGGAGGCGUACAAAACCAAACGGCUGCAGGAGGAGCUGGCACAGUUCAAACGCAAGGCAGAGCGCAUGAAAAAGAUCGAAAUGUCCGGCACAACGAUCGACGAGGUUAUGCUGGAGGAAAUCCGCGAGUACAAGGAAACACUCACGUGCCCGUCUUGUAAGGUCAAGCGAAAGGAUGCCGUGCUCUCCAAGUGUUUCCACGUGUUCUGUUACGAUUGUUUGCGUACCCGGUACGAAACCCGGCAGCGCAAAUGUCCGAAGUGUAACUGCGCGUUCGGGGCCAACGACUACCAUCGGCUUUAUCUGUCCACGUAAAAAGAUUCACCACGGUUUAGGUCACAUCUCGAAGGUCACACACGCGUCAUCCAACACACUCCUUAUUUAUGGAUAUACAUAGAGAUUUUUUAAGUCUUUGUUUCUGUUUCGAAUCUAUUUUUUUUUGUUUUCCUAAUUGCACAUAUAGAAGUUUUUAUUGCUCUUAGUUUGUGAACGGAAAGAGUGCAUUUUUAUAUUAUGCAUUCUCAAAAUAAUGAAUUUUCAAAUAAACUUUCUAGUUUGAUAAAACUAAA